AUGUCAAGCCAAGCCCAAAGAGUACCACAUCUCGACAACGUAGAUGAUGCCUCUCGCAAAAAAAUUCAGAGCCAUAUUACUGUAGGCCCAAUGUCUUCGAAGGAGGUAUCGCGAAGUGCUCAGUUGACAAGUGAGCAACCUGCGGUUGUGGCGCCCGAGCUCACAGAUGGAUCUGGUGCACCAAUUCCUCAAGUUCAACAGGAUGCCAAAACUGGUCCAGAAAUGGUCGGCGAAGAGGAUCCUACGAAUGAUACCGUAAAAAAUAAAAGGGGUGCAAUGGAGAAAAUACUUGGCUUUUUCAAAAAGUCCAGCUGA